UUUAUCUCUAUAUAUGUGUGGGGAUGGAAAUACUAAGAAACCAACCACCGUUGCAGCAAUGGUCACUUAUAUCUACUUCUUUCUGACCUUUCCCCUCUUCUCUUUCCUUUGCAACUUUUCAGUGAUCCUUGGAGCCAAGUCAGACAACCACCGUCUUUUAAGGGUUCGACCUCUGCCACUCCCAACUGAGGCUUGUUCAUCCGAAGAAUAUAAAGGGCGAGGACUGAAAAUGGUACACAGGUAUGGGCCAUGCUCGCCGUUUGAUGGAGAAAGGGUCACACCCAUCCAAAUCCUCCAACAAGACGAAUCUCGAGUCAACUGGCUUCAAUCCCAACUCACACACAAUUCCUCCCGACUUGAUGAUCAGGAUACCACCCUACCGGCUCGACCCGGUCACUCACUCAACACCGGAAACUACAUCGUCACCAUUGGAUUCGGCACUCCAAAGAAGGACAUGAACAUUGCAUUUGACACCGGCAGUUACCUCACGUGGAUCCAAUGCCAGCCAUGCGCUGGCGGCUGCUACAAGCAGAAGGACCCAAUCUUCAACCCUACUGAGUCAUCUUCCUAUCUCCAGCUAUCCUGUGACUCGGCCGAGUGCUCCCAACUCACACUCCACACUAACUGCUCCUCAUCCACCUGUGUCUACAUGAGCAGAUAUCCCGAACACUCCCAAUCCAUUGGCUUCCUCUCCCGCGAUACGCUAACGCUCUCCUCCUCCGACAUCUUCCCCAACUUCCUGUUCGGUUGCGGCCAGCAGAAUUCGGGCUUGUUUGGCAAGACGGCUGGGUUGCUCGGCCUCGGCCGUGACCCCAUUUCUUUAAUUUCUCAAACAGCAACCAAAUUCGGCCUUGUGUUUUCUUACUGCCUUCCAUCCUCGCCGAGCUCGCCUGGGUACCUGACUUUUGGCGCUGACGCCAUCAAGUCUGGAAUUAAAUUCACGCCACUGCUAACGAAAUCCAGGGGUCCGACAUUCUACUUCCUCAACCUGAUUGGAAUAAGCGUUGGAGGAAAGGCACUGCCAAUACCGGCAUCGACGUUCUCAUCACCUGGCACAAUUAUCGAUUCCGGCACCGUCAUUAGCCACCUACCCCCAUCGGCCUAUAAUGUGCUGAGGUCAGCAUUCCAGCAAGAGAUGUCGAACUACACGCUGGUUACUUCUCGAUACUCCUUACUCGAAACGUGUUAUAAGUUGGGGAGGGCCGAAGCUCCAGGGGUUCCUCCGAUAGUGAUGCAUUUUGAAGGGGAUGUCGAUGUGAAUUUCAACUACUCUGGGAUUAUUUACCAAAAGAAAAAGACUGUAGGGUGCCUGGCAUUUGCUGCGAAUAAGGACAACUUCGGCUUCACGAUUAUAGGAAAUAGGCAGCAGCUGACAUUUGAUGUGGUUUAUGAUGUCGCUGGAGGGAGGUUGGGGUUCGGCCCUGGCGGUUGCCGUUGAGCGCUCUGGCUAACCAAAGGAAGAAGGGAACCCAUCUGAGAGUAGAAAGAAUUAAGUAGAAUGAUCAAGAAAUAGUAUGUAGUAAGAUGGGGAGAUGAAGAAAUUCAGUAAUGCCUUGUAUUAUCA